AUGCGAUCAACAACACCGGUAUGUGAGAGGUGUGAAGCUGGCGGCUUCGAAUGUCUGGGAUACGGUCACAAUAAAAGAGCCGCUGUGCGCACCACCGAAGUAGGCCCAGGGAGCUCACCUAUAUCUGGUGUCCUUGAGGGCGGGGAUUCUUCUUCGAGGUUAUCGGGAUCUAAUGUCGACAAGCGAGCAUCGGGAAGUUCUUUACCCCUUGAAGCGGGUCUUGUUGCUUCCUUCCGCUCGUUGAUAGGAGAGAAUGUUGGUGCGCUGCAGGAUGUGGCCGUUUCAUCAACCGAGUCGACUGCUUCCUCCAACUUCGACUCGGAACAACCUCCGAAAACCCCAAAAACAAUAGCGGAUAAACACAUGGAUCGUUGGUACCUCAAGCCUCUUAAUUACACGAAGAAACGCGCUCAUAAGGAUGUGGUCUUACGCCUGCAGAACUCUGUCUUCAGUCGUUGGAUCAUUCUAGUAGCUAUGUGCGUCUCGGAGUCUUUUCGUACGGGCGACAUGUCGCAGGAUACCUCGAGCAACUUUUGGAUCGGGUGCAUUGAAAAUUCCUUGGGGAAUGAGCUGGCUCAGGAGCUUGGCCCACGAAGAACACAAGAUCGGCGUAUUGAUUGGAUACAUGUUUCGAUCCUGAAGGCGAUGAUCACCCCCAGCUCGAAUGUUCAUCGGCUACUCCGAGACAACAUUGCCACGUUUUUGCAGCUGAUGUUCUCUUAUCCAACUCUCUGGCCAGACGACUCUGAAUUUACCAACAUUCCGUUAUCAAACUUGUUAUGCUCGGAGGCUCACGAGGCUGCAUACUUUGCCCUUGUUGACUGCGUUUACGCAAUGGCCUCUGGACUUCCUCAACAACUUAACUAUGACACCACUAUGCAUCAACGACCAAGUGCCGCCUCUCUGUACCAAUGGAUACACGGCUGCCCGACCGAGUUUCAGCUGAUUCUCGCUGAUAUUAAUGCCUGUCGCGAUCGGUUCCCCAUGGCGCGGGACAAGAAAGAAAUCGAAAAUUGGUUACUCACUUGGCAGCCGCAUCCGAGCGAUUAUAUUUGCUGA